AGAAGAAAGCAAAUUUGGAGAAACUUCCGUCCACAAACCCGAAGUGACGGCGAUUCAAACGUGUGGAUCUCUUUUUUCCAGUUCAGUCGCAAGCCUUUUCUUUUCUCCUCCAAAAAUGCACUCAUACUCCGCAUUUAUGCUACAUCUUCCCCAAUUUACCGGAUUCUUACCGUUGCACUAUUUCUCAGAUCAUGUCUUUCGCAAUUAAACUACAUCUCAGUCCCUACCUAAACCAUAAUCUCCAAACAACGACCCAUCAAGCAAAGCUCACAAAUUGUUCGACGAAAUUCCGACUGAAACCGAUUUACCACUCGAACCAAUUAAUCCAUUUUGAGGGUGGGCGACGGAAAUUCAAAAUGCAGGGUUCUUCAGGUACGGGUCUGUCGAUCAAGAGCUCAUUGAUUGAUCCGGAUGGUGGGGUGUUGGUGGAUUUGGUGGUGCCGGAGAGUGAGAGGGGAUUGAAGUUGAAAGAGGCGGAGUCAAUGCCCAAGGUGAGCCUGACUAAGAUCGAUCUCGAGUGGGUGCAUGUGAUUAGUGAAGGAUGGGCGAGCCCUUUGAGAGGAUUCAUGAGGGAGGAUGAGUAUUUGCAGAGUUUGCAUUUCAAUUCUUUGAGAAUGGAGGAUGGCACUGUCGUCAACAUGUCGCUCCCCAUUGUUUUGGCCAUCGAAGAUGAGACGAAGGAGGGAAUUGGGUCGUCGAAGGAUGUUGGGUUGGUUGCUCCAGACGGAGAGUUGGUUGGCAUUCUCAGAAGCAUUGAGAUAUUCAAGCAUAACAAGGAAGAAAGAAUAGCUAGAACGUGGGGAACAACUGCACCCGGCCUGCCAUAUGUUGAGGAGACUGUCUCUCCAGCUGGAAAUUGGCUCAUAGGUGGGGAUCUGGAAGUCUUAAAGCCCAUUAAAUAUAACGAUGGUCUUGAUCACUACAGGAUUUCUCCUCAGCAACUCAGAAAGGAAUUUGAUAGGCGUCAGGCUGAUGCAGUUUUUGCAUUCCAGUUGAGGAACCCUGUGCAUAAUGGGCAUGCUUUAUUGAUGAAUGAUACACGCAGACGACUUUUGGAGAUGGGUUACAAAAAUCCAAUCCUGCUGCUUCACCCUUUAGGGGGCUACACAAAGGCUGAUGAUGUGCCUUUAGAUGUUAGAAUGGAGCAACACAGCAAGGUCCUAGAAGAUGGAGUUCUUGAUCCCGAGACAACCAUUGUUGCAAUAUUCCCCUCACCCAUGCAUUAUGCCGGACCAACUGAAGUACAGUGGCAUGCUAAGGCACGGAUAAAUGCUGGUGCUAACUUUUAUAUUGUAGGUCGUGACCCUGCUGGUAUGGGUCACCCGACAGAGAAGAGAGAUUUAUAUAACCCUGAUCAUGGGAAAAAGGUUCUAAGCAUGGCACCUGGAUUGGAGAAGCUAAAUAUUUUGCCAUUUAGGUGCUCUCUUUGUAUAUGCCAAUUGAUGGUUUCAAGUCUUCCUAAAUGUGAUGCCACUGAGCAAACUUUCUUUGUCAUAUCUGGCAGGUCGCAGCAUAUGACACUGUGGCAAAGAAGAUGGCAUUUUUCGAUCCUUCACGUGCCAAUGAGUUCCUCUUCAUCUCUGGGACAAAGAUGCGCUCUUAUGCCAGAAAUGGUGAGAACCCUCCUGAUGGUUUUAUGUGCCCUGGUGGUUGGGAAGUCCUUGUCAAAUAUUACUCAAGCUUGCAGGCGGAGGAAGCAAAACAGGAGCCUGCUGUUUUAUCUGCCUAAAUCUAAAGGAUUUGUUUGCUAGCAGAGUUCGCGUCAUAGCCGGUUCAAGUGCCAGAAGAAUGAGUGCUACUCUGAAGUCUAAACCGCAGACCGUUUUGCUUAGUCUGCGUCCAACACUUCCGGAAAAAAAAAUGGUGGGAACAAGUAUACUUAGAGGUACAUCUGUUUCUCCUGGCUCCUAGUCCAAUCUGGAGGUUACUGAAACUUGUAGUUUUGGUUUUUUUUUUUUUUUUUUUUGUAAGAUUGAACUUCAGUGUUCUAUAUCCCAUAUUUUGGAGAUCUUGCAAUGAAGGGGGAAUUGAUUUCCUUCAUAAUUCGACCUGAAAUGAGAGAGAAAAUUAAAUAAUGUAAUGAAGGAAUGAUUUCUCCUAAAA